CAGAGAACCGCUUUGUACCGGGCAGGGAACCGCUGAGUACCGGGCAGAGAACCGCUGACUACCGGGCAGAGGACCGCUUUGUACCGGGCAGAGGACCGAUUUGUACCGGGCAGAGAACCGCUGAGUACCGGGCAGAGGACCGCUUUGUACCGGGCAGAGGACCGCUGAGUACCGGGCAGAGGACCGCUGAGUACCGGGCAGAGAACCGCUUUGUACCGGGCAGAGGACCGCUGAGUACCGGGCAGAGGACCGCUGAGUACCGGGCAGAGAACCGCUUUGUACCGGGCAGAGGACCGCUGAGUACCGGGCAGAGAACCGCUUUGUACCGGGCAGAGGACCGCUGAGUACCGGGCAGAGGACCGCUGAGUACCGGGCAGAGGACCGCUUUGUACCGGGCAGAGGACCGCUGAGUACCGGGCAGAGAACCGCUGAGUACCGGGCAGAGGACCGCUGAGUACCGGGCAGAGGACCGCUUUGUACCGGGCAGAGGGCGGUUGAAGCACGCCGGGCUUUGAAGUCUUCCCGCCGCCCGGUGACCCUGAAAGCUUCUCUGAAGUUGCCGCUCGCCGUCCCGCCGGUGCUCUGCUGUUUGUACUUACGGUCCCCCCCCUCCCCCCCCGACUGACCCACUGAACGAACCCCUAAACGGCGCCAUGAUCCCCGAAUGUCCACGAGCCGAAGACCCGAGUAGUCGGACCCGCUUGGAUCACAGCCGAGCCGCCGAACCGAGCCGCGGCCCCUGCGGCUUGUUGUCCGAGAUCCGGACCAGCAUCAGCAAGGAGCCGUUCACCGACCACUACACCGUGAUCCCCGGCAGGGAGCUGGGGAGGGGGAAGUUCGCCGUGGUCAGGAAGUGUGUGGAGAAAUGCUCGGGCCACGAGUACGCUGCAAAGUUCAUGAGGAAGAGACGGAAAGGCCAAGACUGCCGCGUGGAGAUCAUCCACGAGAUCGCAGUGCUGGAGCUGGCCACGGCCAGUCCUCGGGUGGUCAACCUGCACCAGGUCUACGAGAUGGCGUCUGAGAUGGUGCUGGUGCUGGAGUUCGCUGCUGGAGGGGAGAUCUUCAACCAGUGUGUGUCAGACGACAAGGAGGAGGUCUUCAGCGAGGAGGACGUGAAGAGGCUCAUGAGGCAGAUCCUGGAGGGAGUGUCCUUCCUCCACCAGAACAAUGUGGUCCACCUGGACCUGAAGCCUCAAAACAUCCUGCUGACCAGCAGCUCUCCGCUGGGCGAAAUCAAGAUCGUGGACUUUGGUCUGUCGAGGGUGCUGAGCAGCCAUCGGGAGCUCAGGGAGAUCAUGGGGACUCCGGAGUACGUCGCUCCGGAGGUUCUAAACUAUGAGCCCAUAAGCACAGCAACAGACAUGUGGAGUGCCGGCGUGCUGGCCUACGUCAUGCUGACGGGCAUCUCUCCUUUCCUGGGGGAGAACAAGCAGGAGACCUUCCUCAACAUCUCCCAGCUCAACGUGAGCUACAGCGAGGAGGAGCUGCAGCAGCUGGACCGCGGCGCCCUGUCCUUCAUACAGACGCUGCUCCUCAAGCAGCCACGGGAUCGGGCCACGGCCGAGCAGUGUCUCAAGCACCCCUGGCUUCAGUUCUCAGAGCCUCGGGACCCCCUGACGGCGGAGGACACCCCCCCAGUGGAGGACCAGGAAGCCCCCAGCGCCGACAGUACCUCCAGCACGAGCCCUCACCUUCCCUGUGGCACAGCCGUGGCCGAGGAAGAGGAGGAGGUGGAGGAAGAUGGGAGCCCCGUGACGGAGGAGCUGGUAGUGGUGGCCGCCUACAUGCUGGGUCAGUGCCGCCAUUCCUCCUCUUCCUCCUCCUCCUCCUCCUCCUCCUCUUCCUCCUCCUCCCCCCCCUCGGAAAGGGACGCCGUGGCCGCUGAGCAGAAGGCAAUCUCCAAACGCUUCAAGUUCGAGGAGCCUUUCGGUGCGCUGCAGGAGGUCUCUGGGAAGUUCAGCUGCUGACCACCCCUCCUGUGAAAUGUUGUCAUGGCAACAAGGAUAAACCACCUCGUUACAUGAAUUCCACUCUAUUAAUAUACCAUUUGAGUACCUUUAUUUGGUGUACUUUUGUUUAAACAGGUGAGAGCCUUUCUUUCUAUUCUGGUUUUCUCCCAUAAUGCAUCACUUUCCUUGACAUCUUCCCUUUUUACGAGCCUCAUAGUGUCGCUAUGUAAAGCAUCAACACACAAGUACACAGAAACAAAACUCUGAUUUUGUCUUUGACCUCGUCAACAGCAGCUGACUGAAACAAUCUUACUACAAGUUCCUUUUGGUUCUUCUUCUGGAACUUUCCAUCAUAUCACUCCAGCUUAGGUGGAGAACAUGAGCUACAGAACAGCUUCUAAAUGGACCUGGUGCUGAAAUUAUUUCAGAACAAUAAAUAAAUAUUUGGGCUAUAUAUCUAAGUUGUGAUUUUGUAAAAUCUCCAGCAAGACAACUCAAGAAGUCUUAUUAUGACUUUAACAAGAGACAGACCCGAGGGGGCGAAUAAACAGGUCCCGCUGGUGUUUGAGGGUCAAUGUGUGAAGCUCUGAAGUCUUUAGGAAGGUGUGUCCUCCUGAUCAGAGCCUGGCUCAUGGCACUACAUUGUUUUAAAGGGUUAAGAAAUAGCCUGUUACUGUUUUACUUUCUCCACUUAAGCACAAACAGUUUUGAUUCAUAUUCCUUGAAUGUGGUUAUUAGAGACAAACUGUCCAGUCGUGUAUUACAUUUAGCCGGUACGAUAGAAUAAAAUACUCAAGUUAAGAAAUGAGCCACGCUCCAGGUUUGGUUGUCUCUCCCUCCCUGGAGCUCCUUAUGUUGUUUCCUUCCUUUGCCAAGACGUUUACCUGCUAAAUGAAACCCUCGUCGUACUGUGAGGCUUCUUGUAAACACCUUCAGACGUUGUGAGCAUUCUGGUUACAUCAAGAGAAGCUUCUUGGCUCAGGUAACCUUUUCUGGGUGGAACCUUUCAUACACGGUUCUAGGUAUGAACCUCUAUGUGGGCUUCUGGAUAGAUCCAGUUUAAGUAUCUGUCAAAGGUUCUACCAACCACCUAAAAAGGAGCUGUAAAAGCUUCCAGGAAGCACAUUUAGAUCUAAGAGCCUCCUGGUGAGAAGCAAAACAACACAAGUAGCAGUGAUAGAUGGUUUGAGGUUACUUUUAAACCGUUUUACUUCUCUCUUAAUCAGCUCAGUGACGUGAGGAAUGAACACUGAGGACUUUCACACAAGACGUGAAUAUUAGGUGGUCAUUUUCUCUGAGCUUUUGCACUGCAGAUAAAAGCACCAGACAAUCACUUUGCAAAUGUAGAAUGUGCACAAGAACAUGGAGACUCUGUAGUCUGACCACAGGCAGGAAACUUUAACCUCGACAAAGACAGACACGGCAGACUAGAUCCUCUCCUUCCGUUCUUACCUUUCUCAAUAAAAGUCCUAGACAUUGUUAUUCAAUUAUCACCAGAGGGAACUGAAAUAAAAUAAAACACAGUAGUUUGAAUGUACAACGCUUUACCUCAAACAUAGUCAGAAUCUGCUUCGGGUCAACAGGGUCUGGGUAGACAGGGUCCGGGUAGACAGGGUCCUCGUAGACAGGGUCCUCGUAGACAGGGUCCUCGUAGACCGGGUCCGAGUAGACAGGGUCCUCGUAGACAGGGUCCGGGUAGACAGGGUCCUCGUAGACAGGGUCCUCGUAGACAGGGUCCGGGUAGAUAGGGUCCUCGUAGACCGGGUCCGAGUAGACAGGGUCCUCGUAGACAGGGUCCGGGUAGACAGGGUCCGGGUAGACAGGGUCCUCGUAGACCGGGUCCGAGUAGACAGGGUCCGGGUAGACAGGGUCCUCGUAGACAGGGUCCUGCUAGACAGGGUCCGGGUAGAUAGGGUCCUCGUAGACAGGGUCCUCGUAGACAGGGUCCGAGUAGACAGGGUCCUCGUAGACAGGGUCCGGGUAGACAGGGUCCUCGUAGACAGGGUCCUCGUAGACAGGGUCCGGAUCGACAUGGUCCGGGUAGACAGGGUCCGGGUAGACAUGGUCCGGGGAGACAGGGUCCGGGUAGACAUGGUCCGGGUAGACAUGGUCCGGGGUAGACAGGGUCCGGGUAGACAUGGUCCGGGUAGACAGUGUCGGGGUAGACAGGGUCCGGGUAGACAGUGUCCGGGGGACAGUGUCCGGGUAGAUAGGGUCCGGGUAGACAGGGUCCGCGUAGACAGUGUUCGGGGAGACAGUGUCCGGGUAGACAGGGUUCGGGUAAACAGGGUCUCUGCCUGUACAAAUCGAUCCAACCCUUUAUUGAGAUAGAUGUGUCGUGCUGCUGGUGUGAACAGUCGUGAAGUGAAACAUUCCUAACCAAACAUGUGGUACCUGAGGUUUAUCGGUCAGGGGUCUAAGAGCCUUUCCUGACCAGGCUGAAGUAUCACUCAGGACGAUCUCUUUCCCACAGGGGACAUUGGGGGAAAAGAGUCCCUCAGUAACACAGACAGACUCAGUGAGGAUUGAGUGAGAAACCAGUGUGUACUUUCCUUAUUUCAUGAUCUGGGAAUACGGAGCCAACAGUUUGGUAUCGUGUGUCUGUAGUGCUGCUCUGUGACUCGCAUGAGCUCGUCCUUAUUCAACCCUGUUUUUAUUUCAUCUCAUUCUGUAUUUGGUGCCAUGCUUGAAGACAGUAUUUGUCCAUUGAGCUCUUGUGUUUUUUUUAUUUGAGUUAUUUCUGUGUAAUAUUGCAGACGUCUGAGUUUGAUGAUCCUGUGCAUGAUGCAAACAUUUUCUUCUGUUUUUACAUUUAACAGGAAUGUUCCAUGAACCCUCUCAUGAUUUUGUCCUCAUUAGAAACUGUACAUGACUCCAAGCACUCGACUUCCAGUUAUAAAGCUGUAAAAUCAAAUCUGUUUCCAUGGGAACAGAUUUAUACACGUAUGUCCUGUACUGUAAAUAAACAUUUCAGAGGUU